UGUUUAGAGCGCGGCGUCCCAGGUGUGGGAGGGCGAGUGGCGGCAGCACCGGUGCCGUCAGCCCCGUUAGCCACGCGCCAGUCCACGGAGAGGUCUUGCGAAGGGAACAGUGCCUGGUGACCGCGCCUGACACCUGACCACCAGCCCGGCGUCGCGGCUUCGCCGCAGCCGGAGCUGCCGGGCCCGGUCGGUUCUGCGGAGGCCCGGGAUCCGGGAGCCAGGCUGCCGGGAAGCGUGGAUGAAAAAGGUGACCGUAGGCUGCACUUGGGAGCCUUCGGGAUUCGCGGAGGGGCCGCGGUAUUCGUGGGCUGCGCCGCGUGCAGCCAGCGGUCAGCUCCUCAGGAAGGAUGACAGUGAAGUUGGGCGACGCCGGCAGCGGGGAGGAAGGGCUCAAGAAGCUGGGCAAGCGGACCGCCGAUGAGGAGUCGCUGGACGGAGAGGGGCCCGGCGGCGCGGACGCGGCGGACAGCAGCAGCACAAAGAGGGACGGGCAGACCCCUCGGGCCUCCGGGGCCCCCGCGCCACCCAGAGGGCUGCCCACCCCGUCUCCACCGCAGGGCAGCCCCCAGGACCAGCACCAUUUCCUAAGGUCCAGCGUGCGACCCCAGAGCAAGAGGCCCAGGAAGGACGCACCCUGUGCUUUGGGCAGUGGUGGUGCCAGCGGUUCCGGGCCGCGAGGAAAAGGAAGUGACGGUGGUGCAUCAUCUUCUGGAAACGUGUCUGGGGUUACCCCUGCCACUCCUGCAGGAGGCUCCCGCUCCUCCUCCCGGAACAUAGGAUCCUCAGGGCCUGAGAAGGAAGAAGGAAAGAAGGUCCGAAGGCAGUGGGAGUCGUGGAGCACGGAGGACAAGAACACCUUCUUUGAGGGACUGUAUGAGCAUGGAAAAGACUUUGAAGCCAUUCAGAACAACAUUGCUCUAAAGUACAAGAAGAAGGGCAAGCCUGCAAGCAUGGUGAAGAACAAAGAGCAGGUCCGGCAUUUUUACUACCGCACCUGGCACAAGAUUACCAAAUACAUUGACUUUGACAAUGUGUUCUCUCGGGGGCUGAAGAAAUCAUCCCAGGAACUCUAUGGUCUCAUCUGCUAUGGCGAGCUACGCAAGAAGAUUGGGGGUUGUAUGGAUGACAAGAAUGCAACAAAGUUGAAUGAACUCAUUCAGGUUGGAGCCACCACAGUACGUUAUAAAGGGAGAAAUCUCCGGAUCAAGGCACCCAUGUGCCGAGCCCUAAAGAAACUCUGUGAUCCAGAUGGUCUAAGUGAUGAAGAGGACCAGAAGCCAGUGCGCCUACCCCUGAAAGUCCCAGUAGAAUUACAACCAAGGAACAACCACGCUUGGGCACGAGUACAGAGCCUGGCCCAGAACCCACGUCUCAGGAUGAUUGUGGAGCUACAUAGAAAAGUCUCUAGCCUCAUUGAGUUCCUGAAGCAGAAGUGGGCACUCCAUGAAGUACGAAUUCGGAAGACACUUGAGGAGAGGCAGCUGCAGGGUUCGAGCACAGUGCAGACCCAGGAGAAGGUGGCAUUGCACCUGUUCCCAGGCGAGAACUGCACGCUGACACCACUACCGGGUGUAGCCCGUGUGGUACACUCCAAGGCCUUCUGCACUGUACACUGGCAAGAGGGCGGCCGGUGCAAACAGGGCACUAAGGACACACACUCACUGCCUCCAGCACAGAUCCUCGGCAUCCAGAGUGGACAGGGAAUAGCCCGGGGCCAGCUGAAGUGCCAGAGGAGCAGUGCUGAAGGCAAGGGUGGGGGGCGGCUCCUUCCCACUGCAGAUGCUUCACAGAGUUCAGGGGAAAGUUCCCCUGAGAGUGCUCCUGGAGAGGGAGCACCUCCAAGUCUGAGCAGCCCAGAUGCCCCUGACAGGCCUCAUGGGCUCCAGGACUCUGGACCACACCUUGAGAAGACCCCUGUGACAGCCCUUGCAGUGGGUAGGGACAGCCCUAUUCAAGAAUCUGGGGCUCUGCCGUGUCCCUGUGGCCAGCCCCCAGACUUGGAAGAUGAACUCUCACUCCUUGACCCCUUCCCCCGAUACCUGAAGUCGUGCCAGGAUCUCAUCAUCCCAGAGCAGUGCCGCUGUGCAGACACACAAUCUGGGAGAGAGCAUCCUCCUCUUGGCAGGGGAGCUUCCCCAGAGACCCUCAUACCCAGCAACAGGGAGGUUGCUGACAGUGCUCCCCCUGGCCUGGACCCUCAACCUGGCACUGAUCAUCAACCUGACACCAGGCUUCAGUCAGAUAUUUGUACUAAAGAGCUAGUGAACGCAUCCUCUGAAGAGUCCCAGGAAAAAGGCAGCCCCUCAGAACAUCUUUCCUCUCAGGGACAGCCUGCUACCAGGCCUUCCAAGGAAGUCCCUGCCAGCCAGCUGGCCCAGCAGCUACGUGAAGAAGGCUGGAGCUUGCAGACCUCUGAAAGCCUCACACUGGCUGAAGUCUACCUCAUGAUGGGCAAGCCGACCAAACUACAGCUGGAGUAUGAUUGGCUGGCUGUGCUGGGCCCCGAGAGCCAGGCACCCACAGCACAGGGCCAGACUGCCCUAUCCCGCUCCUCGCCCUCAGCCCUCCACCAGCAACGCCUCCUGAGCUGCCUUCUGAGGCUCAUCUCCACUGAGGUCCACCCCAAGAUGGCUUUUGAAGUAAACACAGCAUCAACGGCUUCAGUCAGGCCCACCCAGGAGGAACAGUCCACAACUCCACCAGGGAAGGUAGUGACCAUCAACUCUCGGAGUCCCCGCUGUUCUCGAAACCCAUCUACGCUCCGAAGCAACAAGACUUUCCCAUCUGCUUCUGCACCUUGCUCCCCAGGUUUGAGAAAUCCCCCAAGGCCUCUCUUGGUGGCUGGUCCCUCCAGCACAGGAAGCAGUGACUCAGAUGGUGGCCUCUUUGCUGUCCCAACGACUUUGCCCCCAAAUAGUCGACAUGGAAAGCUCUUCUCUCCCAGUAAGGAGGCGGAGCUGACUUUUAGGCAGCACUUGGACUCCAUCAGCAUACAGUCAGACUUUUUCUCACCAAAGCCCAAGAAACUACGGAAACGGCACCUAAGAAAGCCACUGGUGGUCCAGAGGACACUGCUCCCUAGACCUGAAAACCAGUCCCACAAUGUGUGCUCCUUCUCCAUCCUGUCUAACUCUCCUAUAGCUGGGAGAGGCUGGUUCCGGCCCAUCCAGUCUUCUUUGACCAAAGCAGCUCUGUCUCGACCGAUAGUGCCCAAGGUCCUCCCAUCUCAGGCCUCCAGUCACCUGCCCAGUGCCAUCGACUUAGCAGCUCAAAGUGCUGGCAUCAUCCCUGGAAGUCCCUUGCCAAUUUUAGAUACUGAUGGCUCAUCUGGCAUCUCUCCACUGUCUUCGGAACAAGCAACCACUGCCAUCUCGGGGCAGGGUGACACUGGACCACACCAGAACAGAGACCCUGUUCCUGCUGUAAGGGGCACUAAUGACCCAUUUAUCAGCGUUACAAGAGCAGAGCAGGAGCCAAUGACAGAUGGUUUCCAGGGAUCAUCUGUUCUGACCUUACCUGAGUUGUCCAAGGCUAAUCUCCAGAAUGGCCUGUCCAUACCUUUACCCUCAUCGGAGAGCUCCAGCACCCGUCUCUCCCCACCCAAUGUUUCUGCACUGCUGGACAUAUCCCUACCUGGUCCACCUGAGGAUGUUCUCUCACAGGGAGAACCUGCCACACAGAUCAGUGACUCCAUCAUUGAAAUUGCCAUCAGCUCUGGCCAGUACAGUGAAGGAGUUCCUCUUUCUCCAGCAAAACUGAACGGCAGUGACAGUUCCAAGAGUCUUCCCUCCCCAUCUAGCAGCCCUCAGCCCAACUGGAUUGCCUCUCCCACUCAUGACCCUCAGUGGUACCCCAGUGACUCUACAGAUUCCUCACUCAGCAGCUUGUUUGCCAGCUUCAUAUCUCCAGAGAAGAGCAGAAAGAUGCUACCAACUACUGUUGGGGCCAACAGCGGCACAUCUUUGCUUGGCCCUAGCUUGUUGGAUGGAAAUUCAAGGGACUCUUUUGUGUCCAGGUCUCUGGCUGAUGUUGCAGAAGUGGUGGAUUCCCAGUUGGUGUGCAUGAUGAACGAGAACAGCAUUGACUACAUAUCGCGGUUUAAUGACCUGGCCCAAGAAUUGUCCAUCACUGAGCCUGGCCGCCGGGAGGUUCUUUUUGAUGGUGGAGGAGGUGGUAAUCCUGUUGGUGACCUCUCUCAGUGACUAUGCUUUGUGACACGGGCAUCGUGGAAUCCACAAAGGAGGUCUACGGAGCUGGUCCCAUGAGUUUGUCUGCAAAGUAGAGAAAGUCAAGCCCAGAAUCCUGAGAAGACAGAGAACAGGAGCACCUCUAACAGCAGCAUAUCAGUAUCCACAUGCAAAGGACAGCUGACCCGAGAAGGGCAGACCUCAGAAAUCCUUUUGGUAUCAGAGCCCUUGAAGUCCUGUAGCCUGUGUGGCGUCCUGACUGUAUGUCUGUCUGUGUGUUGAGCCUUCCAGGGGGGGUCUCCUUCUUGCAAGAGGAGUUCAUUUGCCUGGUGUUCAUUUUGUCUUUGGAGCUGUUAUCCAUGCGAAGGGAGGCCAUAGCCACCGCUGCUUUCUUUCUGAUAUCUUUUUUCCACCUGGCUGUUCUGUCUGCAGUGAUGUUGCAAGGGACUGUGAGUAUAGACCAGUCUAUUGCCUGGUGGUAUCUUCAACCUAAGACACUUCCUGGUUGCCUUGACGAUGAAGCAGAGAAGGGUCCCAGAGCCAUGUAGAUAAUGUUGUCUUCUCAAGACUACUUAACCCUCGACUAGUGCUUCCUACCCAAACCAUCCAGAGGUUUGGCUCUGCCUGGCAUGAGGAAGGGGGAAGAAAUUUUGUUUCUUGGAGCUUGUAUGGAUGUUUUGUAUGGUCUUUCAAAGCUGGUUGACAAUGGCUUUCUUGUGGUUUAAGAAUUGAGAGAUAUGGACAAGAAAUAGUAAGAGUCCUUUAUUUAGGUGGCUCUGCUCUCUACCUGUGCUUAAUGCCCAGUUCCUUCUCUCUCUCUCUCUCUCUCUCUCUCUCUCU